UAAUCACUCAGUAUGGCAGAAUGUGCGCGAGAACACAGGUUACACAGUAACAGAAACGAAAGUGAAACACUCUUCUCUGAAUCAGUUUACUUUCUGUUCUGACAAACGAGGAAGCAACCGACAAGCUCCGUUUAAAGAAAGAUGGCGCAAGGAGAUAUUGACGAGGGGUUAUAUUCUCGACAGCUCUACGUGAUUGGCCAUGAUGCAAUGCGUCGUAUGGGAAAGGCUGAUGUCCUCAUUGCUGGAAUGCGAGGUCUUGGCGUGGAGAUUGCCAAAAACGUGAUCCUGGCUGGAGUUAGAACAGUCACCGUUCAGGAUGAGGGUGUAGUGGAGUGGAGAGAUUUGUCCUCUCAGUUUUACCUGAAGGAGGCUGAUCUGGGUCAGAAGCGAGCUUUGUGCUCUGAGAAGCAGCUGUCGAGUCUAAACGCCUAUGUUCAAGUGUCCGCCUCGACUAACAAACUUGAUGAGAACUUCCUUAGCAGGUUCCAGGUUGUGGUGCUCACAAAUUCACCUUUAGAAGAGCAGCUACGUGUAGGAGCGUUUUGUCACUCAAACAAUAUAAAGUUUAUCGUGGCUGACACCAGAGGACUUUGUGGGCAGCUGUUCUGUGACUUUGGCGAAUCCUUUGAAGUCAUUGACACAACCGGAGAUACUCCAGUUUCAGCCAUGAUUUCACAUAUCAGCAAGGAGAAUCCAGGCGUUGUAAAUUGCACCGAUGAGGAAAGACAUGAGUUCACUGAUGGUAUGUUUGUGACUUUUUCUGAAGUUCAAGGCAUGACUGAACUCAACAAUUACGGCCCUGUUGAGAUCAAAGUGAGAGACAGCUACUCCUUUAGCAUUUGUGACACUUCAAACUUUUCCGACUAUGUGAAGUGUGGAGUGGCAACUGAAGUCAAACAACCUGAAAUCUUGAGCUUUAAACCUCUGAAUGUUGCUCUGGAUGAAGCGCUCCGUGAUCCUGAUCUUGUGGAGAUGACAGACUUUGGCAAGACACAAAGACACCUGUCUCUUCACCUGGCCUUUCAGGCCCUGCAUAAAUUUAUUCAGACAUACAGCCGGACACCCCAUCCUAGAUCUCAGGCGGACGCUGAAGUGCUGCUUACUAUCACAAAAGAGCUUUGCGCAGAGGCUAAAUUCGAUGAGCUUGAUGAAGAUGCGGUGAGGAGUUUGUCUCUGGUUGCCAGUGGAGAUCUGGCACCCAUCAAUGCCUUCAUUGGCGGUCUGGCUGCUCAGGAGGUGGUGAAGGCGUGCAGUGGUAAAUUCACUCCUCUCAGACAGUGGCUGUACUUCGAUGCACUGGAAUGUCUUCCUCAAGAGGAGGACGGAGUCCUUUCUGAAGGUGCUUGUGCUCCUAGAGACAGCCGAUAUGAUGGCCAGAUUGCUGUGUUUGGAUCUGAUUUUCAAGACAAACUGAAGAAGCAGAAGUAUUUUCUGGUUGGAGCUGGAGCGAUUGGUUGUGAGCUGCUGAAGAACUUUGCUCUGAUUGGUCUGGGUGCAGGAGAGGGCGGAAACAUUACUGUGACUGACAUGGACUCCAUCGAGCGAUCAAAUCUGAAUCGACAGUUUCUAUUCCGCUCUCAGGACAUUGGGAGGCCGAAGUCUGAGGCAGCGGCAGAAGCUGUUAAAGAGAUGAACCCCUACAUGAACAUCAUUGCUCAGCAGAACCGUGUGUGUGCAGAGACGGAGGAGGUUUACACACAUUCAUUCUACACUGGUCUUGAUGGUGUGGCAGCAGCGCUGGAUAAUGUAGAUGCUCGGGUUUAUCUUGACCAGUGUUGUGUGCGAAACAAAAAGCCUAUGCUGGAGGGAGGAACUCUGGGUAGCAAAGGCCACACUAUGGUUGUAGUGCCACGCCUGACUGAAUCAUAUGGACGCUCCUCAUCUGGAGGACAGAAAGCUAUUCCUAUCUGCACACUCAAGAACUUCCCUCACCGUAUAGAGCACACACUACAGUGGGCCAGAGACCAUUUUGAAGGACUUUUUAAGCAAACAGCCCAGAACGUGAACCACUUUCUCAGUGACCCAGCGUUUGUGGAUCGUACAGUGGCCCGUGGAGACGUGGAGGCGGUGGAGAUGUUGGAGGGCGUCUAUAGGAGUCUGAGCGAUGACUGGCCUCAGGACUGGACCGACUGCAUUAGCUGGGCCCGUAGACAAUGGGAAACUCUCUACAACAAUCACAUCAGACAACUGCUGCACUGCUUUCCUCCUGGCCAGCUAACAAGUUCUGGACUUCCGUUUUGGAUGGGUGCAAAGAGAUGCCCACACGCCUUGACCUUUGACACUAACAAUACCACCCAUAUGGAUUUCAUCAUCGCUGCUGCCAAUUUAUACGCACAGAUUUAUGGGAUUACAGGAUCAAGAAAUCGUGCUGAUAUUCAGAGCGUUCUUCAGGGAAUAAAAGUGCCCGAGUUUACACCGAAAUCAAGUGUAAAGAUAGCGGUGACCGACCAGCAGCUGAAAGAGGAAAACGAGGAGAGAAAAGAGGAAGAUAAAGUCAAGCUGGAGAUGUUAAAGGAGCAGCUGUCCAAACUCCAGCUGAGGGACCGCAGGGUGACCAUUUGGAAUCACUAG